AGGUUGUUUAGACUUUGGUCUUGGGACUGGGAGAUUGGGAGAUUAGAGAACUGUUACCUCUUUUCUUUGGGACUUCAUUGUAUAUGGUUUCCACCAUUAAUGAAGUUGGAUCUUGUUUCUUGAAUUGUACUCUUUCUUUUCUGUAAAUUUCUACAAUUCCUGGAUUAGCUCUAUCAGUGGUAUCAGAGCACGUUGAUCACUGGAUGACUUUAACGCGUGCUAAAAUGGAAGGACGUAUGAAGGAAGUAGAAAGAAGUCAGCGGGAGAUGCAAGCGAGAAUGGAAAUAAAUCUGCGGAAGAUGCAAACUAAUAUAGCGACGAUGGUCGCAAUACAAGCUAGCAUCGCAGAUAUACAAAACAGACUCCAGAAUCGAUCGAAGAGCAGAUCGCACUCUUCGCAUAGGUCGCAUCGCAAUUCUCAUCAUCAACACACGCGACACUCAGAAAUUUCAGAGAGAUCGGAAGAGCAUAGGCUUCGCAGAGAAACUGGAGAACGAUCGAAGAAUAUUAGGCAUCUUCCGCUAUCUGACAAACUAAAUCCAUCCCCUUCGCUCACAAGUUCGCAAAUGGAGUCGCGCACUGUUUCUCCUAGUUCGCAGUCGCGAAGUGUUUCUUCUAAUUUCCAAUCGCGAAAGACUUCCUCACCGGCUAUCUGUUCAUGUCCAAGAAAAACGCUAUUGAGAAGAGAGUCCUCAUCUUCGCAAAUAGAUUCUCACUUUUUGCCUGCUUCGUCUCAAGUCGAUUAUCUGAGUUCGCAAGUAACUUCUUCGACGCGAAGAGAAGAACCUCUUUCGCAAUCUAAAUCCAAGUCUCCAGAUUCGCAGCAGGAGUUGGUUAUUCAGGAGCAACCGUCCAGGGAAGAUACACACACCUAUGACAACAAGGAACUCAAGGAGGAAUCGUCAGUUAAACUUGAAACUGAAGCUGGUGCAGUUGCUGGAUUUCCGAUUUUUUCCAAGUACGAUCUUGACCAGUCAGAUAAGUUCAAGCUUCUUCAGGAAAAAGACAGGUUAUACAAUGGCCAGAUUAUGUUUAUCCACGCAUGUUCCUUUGGAAGUAGAGUCUUAAUCGCUUAUGAAAUGGGAGCACUUAAAAUCAAGAACAUUUCAGAUGAUAAAGCUGUUCUGAUCAAAAGUCAAGAACCUAGACAUCCAAGAGAAUUGUUUUCAGAAAAUUCAUACACUGGUAAAAGGAGAUAUUGUCCAGACUCCAGAGGCUCAAGAAGUCAAGAGGAUCGUGUUGAUUAUUUUUUAGGAGCAAAGAGAACUGGAGCAAUUACCUGUUUCCUCACUAGUAA